GCUCUCCCCAGGGGCAGCGCCGCCUCCUCCUCGCCGCACCCCCCCCCCUCCUGCGGCCAGCUGAGGGUGCAGGAGGGCUAGCUCUGGACACUGCAACCAGGCGGGGUGAAGCGAGAGGAGAAAGCCUAGCAGACGAAGGGGAGGGGGCGGCGGGGUUUUUGCCUUUGCGGCGCUCCCUAUCACCCGACGCGGGCACCCAAUGGAGUCCUUGCCGUCCCGGGGCUCCGGGGACAUGGGUUUCUCCGAGACCCCAGACGAGCUGGAGUGGAACUUCACCUAUGGGGCUCAGGGCGAGGGAAACGGCUCCCUCUCUGGCUUUUGGUACAAUAGGAACCAGACUCACCUCUUUGGUGUAUUGCUGGCAGUUACAGGAAACUUAAUCAUCAGCAUUUCACUCAACAUACAGAAAUAUUCUCACCUUAAGUCAGCACAUCAAGGAAGCCAAAAGCCCUAUUUCCAAAGUAUCUUGUGGUGGUGUGGAAGCCUCCUGAUGGCAAUUGGGGAGAUGGGAAAUUUUGCAGCUUAUGGAUUGGCACCUAUUACCCUCAUUGCACCUUUGGGUUGUGUGUCUAUUUCAGGUAGUGCUAUUAUGUCUGUUACUUUUCUGAAAGAAAAUUUGAGAUCCUCAGACUUACUUGGUGUGACAUUGGCAUCUGCAGGAACAUAUUUAUUGGUGGCUUUUGCUCCAGAUAUAAGUCAAGAUAUCACAGCAAGAAAAGUACAAUAUUAUUUGGUUGGCUGGCAGUUCCUGGCCUAUGUGAUCUUAGAAAUAUUAAUAUUCUGCAUUCUGCUGUAUUUCUAUAAAAGAAAGGAUAUGAAACACAUUGUCAUUUUGUUGACACUUGUGGCACUACUGGCCUCUAUGACUGUUAUUUCAGUGAAGGCAGUCUCAAGCAUGAUCUUUCUCUCUGUGAAGGGAAAAAUGCAACUAACCUACCCUAUCUUUUAUAUCAUGUUCAUCAUCAUGAUGGCAUCCUGUAUUUUUCAGGUCAAGUUUCUGAACCAAGUGAUGAAGCUCUACAAAACAACAACAGUUAUACCAUUGAAUUACAUGUUCUUCACUACGAGUGCCAUUAUUGCAGGAAUUAUAUUUUAUCAAGAAUUCCUAGGGGCAGCUUUGCUUAGUGCAUUUAUGUACCUUUUUGGGUGUUUUCUGUCCUUUUUUGGAGUGCUUUUGGUCACAAGAAAUCGAGACAAGGAACAUUUGCAACAAUCAUAUAUUGAUUUUGGACAAAUUCCUGGGAAACAAAUGUUGGACAAAAUCCAGCCAGAGGCCAAUGGCCAAACCUAUGGAACUCUGCCUGAUGAAAGCAACUCCACGAAGAGCUCAGGCAGAGAGAAGAAAGACAUCUGAAUGCCAAGAGGAACAUUUGUUGGCCUGUUAUUUAAUACUACCUUUAAAGCAAACUGCACAUGUCCUAUUUGUGGCAAAAGUUAUUUUAUGGUGACAUUUGUUCAUAUUGUCUCAGUGUUUCCUGCCUCUCUCCUCUUGGGACAAUCAUGUGCCUGCUCAGCUUUGAGAAACUAAUGCUUUCUGAAAACCGAAAAGUCUAGAAAUGUAAUCUGCAAUUACUUUAAUGCUCCAGACCUCUGACUAGUCAUCAUUUAUUUGUCCUUGUAAAGUUUAAAUACAUCAUAGAUGAGUGUUUGUGUGUGUUCGGAUAUGUGUGUAUACAUAUGCAGGUGCAUCCUAUUUCAUAUUCAAACCAAAUGUAUUUGGGAGGAAUCAGUUUCUCUACUUUAUAAUCACUUCUUCUUACCUACUCCUGACAUACUUCUAAGAAAAAGAGGCUUUAUACUAUUUCUUUUUAUGAGGGAGAAUUAUUUAAAGCAUACUUAUAAAGAACUAAUCCUUGGAGUCCUAGAUUAGUUCGGUGAAUCAUCUUUUCUAAAAAUCAAAGCUUUUGCAGUCAUCCUUUGAAAAUUAAGGGCCUUUUGUAGACUGGAAUUUUUUUUCAGCAGUACACUCUAAUUAUGGACCUCAAAGCUUAAUAUCCUUGGCUGGUUUAUUUAAAAAAAAAAAAAAACAAUGCCCUAUUUAAGAUAGGAAAGUUUUAAUAGAAAAGCAUACUCUAUAAAGUUAAGUUAUGAUAAUCACUGAUAUUUAUAUGUACUUUCAAGUUUGCAAAUCACUUUCCAUAAAUUAUCUCAUCUUAACCUCAUAAGAACUUUGUGAGGUAGGUAGGUACCUAUUUUAUAGGUACAUAAUAUCCCUAUUUUUAUAGAUGAGGAAAUUGAAGCUCAGAAAGGUUAAAUGUCAGAGGCGGGAUCUUAGCUGUGUCCAAAUCCAAUCUUCCAUCUAUUUUGUUAUGCUGCUGAAUUUUCCUAUAAAAAAAUUUAAGAAUUUAAAGGUCCAGAUUCCUUUAGCUCUAAUGCUUUGAUGUAAUAAUUGAGCUUGAAGAAAAAUCUUUAUAUGUUAUAUACAUAUAUUUGUCUUUCAUUAUGAUGUCUUUGACAAAUAGAUUGUACAAUGCGAUUUUUUUAAUCGCAAAGAUGUCAGAAUUCCUAUUCAAAUUAUUAGUGAUAUUCUCAGCUGCCAUGUGCUGUUUUUAUUGCAGGUAAUUAGUUCAGAGAUUUUAAAUGCCUUUCUAGGUAAAGAGAGACUUACACUGUUGAAGAGUUGAAUUUUAUCUGAAUUUUAACCCAUACCUAAUUAUGUGAAGAGCCUAUAAAUGAGUUGUAACUUUCCAGAGUUCAUAAGCAGAAAACAAACUGAGGCAGGAAUUCUGUGACAGAUCACCUUUUGAUCACAUUUACUUCCAUGCAAAAUUGAUUCGUAGUGUGUCACACAUGAAUUGAGUUGAACAAGCAUUUCUUAAACAUUUUUCUUACUAUGCACAAAACAUCAUGCCUGGUUCUAUAGAGAGGAUACUUUGACGAGUAUAAUCAUCUAGACCUUUAAGUAACUCAAAAUCUAGUAGAUAAGGAAUAAAUUACUGUUGUUUGAUUUCAGUUAUGUUUGAUUCUUCAUGGCCCCUUUGGCGAUUGUUUUUGGCAAGAUAUUGGUUUACCAUUUCCUUUUCCAAGUCAUUUUUACAGAUGAGGAAACUAAGACAAACAGGGUUAAGUGACUUGCCCAGGGUCACACAGCUUAUACAUGUCUGAGACCAGAUUUAAACUCAUGAAGAUGAUUCCAAGUCCAAUGUUCUAGCUGCUGAGCCACCCAGCAACAAGAAAUAGCUAUUCAAAUUACUAUAGUACAAGGUAGAAUGUUAAGUCCAGUUCAACAAUUAUUAUUAAGCAUUUACCAUGUUCAAAGUACUAUGUUAAAUGCCAAGGAUUCAAAGACCUUUGGUAGCACAGCCUGCCCAUUCUGUCCUCCAAUCCCCAUAGCUUUAGUUUCCUUGCUAGUACUUCUCUUGGAGCAUGCCCUCCUUAUCUCUGCCUCUCAGAAAAAGCCCUGGCUUCUUUAAAAGUUCAGUUCAGGAACCAUAUCCCAACCCUACUUCAUCUUUGAGAGUUUAUUUUAGAUGAAAAUAAAUCUCCAGAGAGAAGACAAUAGCCCACACUGACCCAGACCAUACUGUUCUUAAUGUUGUCUCUGGACUUUCAGCUCAUUGACCAUCUAACCCAACUCUUUGUUUUGAUACUUUAGCAAGUGCUUUAUAGAAUAUCUCAUCAUUCCCUGAUGGUGCCUUCAAUCAAUCAACAAGCAUUUAUAUGAAGUGCUGGGCUCUAUGCUCUGGGGUAAUGGACAAAAGUUUCCCUGACCUCAAGGAGGUCAUUAUAUUCCAAGCAAUAGGGUGAGAAGGAGAUGUACAUUGGUGUACAGAUAUAAAUGAAAUAGGAAUCUAGUGCAUUAUAUACCCUAUUGGCUUGCUAAGAUAUCCCUAUAUCUAGAGGAUAAUGAGAUAACUUUAUAAGAGAAUUGUAAUAAUGAGCAAGGGAAGUACCUUGAGGAGACAGACUAUGGAGCAUGUGUAGACAUUCUGAACUUAUUCUUGUCAGUUAACUACACAUAAGAAGUAAUUGCCAAGGCUUUCCAAAAAUCCUGUAAUUUCAACUAUAGUCUCUUUAUUUCAUUUGCUUUUAUGGGAUCUCAGUAACUCAUUUCUUCAUAGCAUCCAAUGAAAGGAACGUCAAAAGUUGGGAAAAGCAGGUAGUUUAAUGGAACUGGAAUGCUAGUCAUUAGCCCCCUAGUACAUGAAGGAAUAUAGCCAAUAGAAAAAUGCCACCUACAAUUCUCUCAGGUUACCUAAGACUCUGAAGGGCAGACAUAGCCUGCUUUGUCUUUGAGCAAGAGCCAGAGCAACCAUUUCAUAUGGACUAGCUUUUUUGAAGGAAUAUUUUUUUGAAUUUUGAAGGAAUAUUUACUUCAAAAAUAUAUCAAGGACAAAUGUACCAACAUUUUCCUCCAAUACCUCUGAGCCAAACUCCAUCUUAGAGAGACAACUUUGCUAGAUGAUGAGCCAUGACCUAUAUGCUAAAACCUCAUUGCACAAUAUUAAUAAAGGCAUAAUAAUAUAAGCAUAAUGUUAGACAGCCAAUGGCUCAAUGAAUAGACCAUUGGAUCUGGAGUCAAAAAGACUUGAGUUCAAAUCAGAUACUUAGCAAGUCACUUAAUCUUCAUCUUGAUUAACUGGAGGAAAAAAUGGCAGAUUACUCCAGGAUCUCUUACAAGAGAAACAUCUCUAUCCCUCAGAUAAUUUGAUCCACAGUAUCAUGAAGAGUUGGAUACAUCUGAAUGACCAAACAACAACAAAUCUGCAAAACAAAUAUGGGGUACCUUGGAGAGGGACAGAACUGGUAGAUAUCUCUAUUAACAGAAAACCUACACAAGUGAAAGAACUAAAUUUUGGGGAAUAUUAUAUAUUUGUUGUUGCUCAAUUGUAUUCAACUCUUCUUGACAUCAUAGAUGUUCUAUGGGGUUUUCUUGACAUGGAUACUGGAGUAUCUUUCUUUAGUAGAAUACGGCAAGCAAGAUUAAAUGGCGUGUGCAGGGUCACAGUAUCUGUGUAUCUGAAGUUGUAUCUGAAGCUGAAUUUGAGCUCAGGCCUUCUUGACUCCAGGCCCAGUGUUCUUGCCACCAAGCUGCCCUUUCAGAAUACAGAUUACACUAAUAAGGAAAUAUGUUUUGCAUAACUUCACAUGUAUAAUUGAUUUCAUAUUACUUGGCUUCUCAAGGAAUAAGGGAGGGAUGGGAGGUAAGGAGAGAAUUUAUAACUCAAUAUUUUAAAAAAUGAAUGUUAAAAUUUUCUUCAUGCAUUUGGAAAAUAUUUAACAAAAUAAAUAUUAAUAUUUUUAAAAGAAUAUAGGGCCAUAUUCUAGAUCUUUAAACUUAACUAACAUCUUUUAUAUAGAGGAAAUGAAAAUAGAAAAUAUGGUAUCUUUAUCACUUGUUAAAUUCCUUACUCCUUUUGAUAGUUCCCAUUUAGAUCACCAAAUAGCUAGAUUAGAAAGAUCUUUAUUGAACCCACACUCCAGGUUGAUAAUAGUGUUGGGAUGAGUAAUAAGGCUCCUCCCAUCCAGCAGAUUAAAAUAGAGCCCUUUACCUUCUGCUUAUGUCUCAGUUUACAUGCCUACAAACCCUAUAAUUUGUAAUACUUAUGUGAACAGGAUCACUCAAAAAAGAAAAUAAAAGAAAAUUUUCCUUAAA